AUGCACUCGGCUUCGUCGUCCCCUGUGGGGCCCACUGCCAGCCCGCGUGGCGAAAAGGUAACCGAGCGGCCGGAAAUGUUUUCGAUCUCGAACAAGUCGGAGCUCGCCUCGCUGGCCAUGUCGACUUCGACCGUUUUCUCGUGUAUUAUUGGAAUCGCGUCCCACGUCAGCAUCGAGAGCUUCCUCUCCAUAUCGGUAGCCACGUCAUUUUUCGCCGCGUUUUUAUUCGACCCGAAAACCUCGAUCGACUUCCUUGGCUCGUCUUUCGUUAGACGGCUGUGGUGGCCGUUUUUUGUGACUUUCGGUACUCCGAGGUGGACGCGUACCGAGUUUUUGUCGAAACACGGGCCAUUGCAGCCAAGCCCGGUGAAAAUUCGCCUUCCGAAAAGUCUUUUCGGCUUUUCGGAGGAAGUAGUUUGUCCGAAAUUUUUACCGGGUGGCAUAAGGGCUGUUUGGCUGUUCCAGCUGCCGGCCUCGGAACACGAACUCGUCAUGUUCGUGUUCGUGUUGAUGACGUUUGGUCCGGAAACUUUGCUCUCGUGCAUAGUCUUCGGCUCGGUUUUGUACUCCAAAUUCAUGUUGAAGUACUUGUCGGCUUUGAAAACGCCUAUCUCGUCGUCUUUAGGUAGCGUUUGGCGAGAGAAGGUGAAAUUUGUCGUUGAUCGGAGACGAAAUCUUGUGAUGUCCCGACGAGUUGUCCUUAGCCGUGUCGAGGUAGUAAGAGAAGGAGGCGACUCGGAGGCUCAUGUCGUCGGUUUCCAUAACGAGCUUUUUCCGGCGAAGAUCAUUAUCUGGGUUUUUGAACUGUGGAUGAAGGGACAAGUUUUAGGAGGAGGGUUUAUGAAGUUAAUUCAACAGCUCAAAGUGGUGGCUGAAAAACAAGGUUCAAAGGCCUCCAUUCAAGGUGGGGACAAAAGUGUCCAUUUCAUAAUGAAUUGGUGA